AUGCUCCAAAGUCGGAGCGGCUCGCUGGCGUGCACCAUUGGCCUCUUGCACGCUCUGGCCGUCUUUGCGUUUGCUGCUCGGGUCUGGAUCAGGCGCAGAGCGAAGCGUUGGAGCGUCGACGACUAUACCUACACGGCUGCAUUUAUCCUCGCCAUUGCUCACGCCGCACUGCUCUUGUUCUGUAUUGUGCACGGCUACGACCGUCGUGUCGAGGACAUUCCUCGAUCCGAGUUGGAAAGCAUCAGACUCGCACGCUACGCUGCCCAGUUUCUCUACAUCCUCUCCUUUGGCCUCGGCAGGAUCGCGUGCGCCCUCUUUGUCGGCACCGUCGCGCGGGAAUCGCCGGUCGUCUGGCCGGCGCGGACCACGGCGGGGCUCGCGGGCCUCUGGACCGUCGCCUGCGUCAUCUGCCUCGCGUUAAAAGGCAACAGAAUCGAGCCCUGGACCGCGCUGGCGGCUGAGUCUCGUCCUGGUCUGGAGCCUGCAAAUGGCUACGUCUCGACGCCUGUAUCUCGCCGCCAUCCUGGGCGUCCGCUUGUGCCGUUCCGCUACAGGCCUUCUUCCCCAUGGUUCGCCCUCGUGCCCUUGCUCCUCGCCGAAGCGGCCCUCGCCGCGUCCGUUGUGACUGGGUGCGCCACGGCGCCGCGCCGCCUCCGCGCCGCCCUCGUGCCCGAGAGCGACGCGCGCCUCUCCAAAACCGUCGGCGAUUGCUACUACCCCCUCGACGGCCGUGAUGAGCAGCAGAGGCAGGGGUGGCGGGCCCGCGUCGGGAAACCAUGGACCCGGGCGCGCGUCCCGACGCCGGACCUCUCGUGGCAGCCGUACCAGGGCUUCACGGACGUGUCCGAAGACACGGCGUACCCGCCGCGCGUGCACAUUUCGAGCGAUCGAGCGACGCUGUCGACGGAGGGCGGGACGGCAGCCAAAGAGCAAAUGCUGGAACGGACGGAACUGCCGGCGCCGCCUAUGAAGAUUCACAGAACGACCGAGGUCAUUAUUGAAUAUACACUCCUAUUAUGCGGAUACGGGCUCAAAGCAGCCUCUGCAGCGAAUAUUCGCUCGCCGUUAUCCAAGUUCGCGUGCGGGGCACUCGACGAAGCGAAAUCAGAAAUGGCCCUGGAUGGAGUCGUCAUACCAUACCCUCCACCUCACCAUGUACAUAUACACAAGUACGGCACCAAGCGGCAAGAUACUGCACUGCAAGUACAUAUACAAACCACGGGCCCUCGCCCUGAGGACCCCGAACUUCUUACAAGUCCUUAG